AUGAAUCCUUUUAAAUUGUUUAUUUUUGUUCUUAACCUUUUGGUAAUAAUUCCAAACAUCACAUUGUCCGCUGUUCCACAUACAUUUUAUUGCACUCGUUUUGUACCAAGUGCUGUUUCCUUCAAUACAUCGAUUGCUAACAUUGCAUUAAAAGUUUCUGCGCUGCAAGGCCCGUGUGUAGAAAUUACCAGCAUCGGAGAAUAUUCAAAUAGAAGCACCUUUGCUAUAACUCAAAUAACUUCUGCAGAACCACUGUGUUUCAGUGAUGUAGCGGGCGUUAAAGACACCAGAGGAAGUUCUGUGUGGUUCUUAUCACCUCAAG